AUGCCUCCCAGGAAGCAGUGGGCGGUGCCUCGACUCCUCCUCCCGCCCACCCGCCGGGCCAACAAGUUCGACGACGAAGAGGGUGAUGACAGCGACGUCCUUGAAGACUGGGACGCUGCCGAAGAUUCCGAAGUUGAGCGCGAAAAGGUCAAGAAGGCUGCCGAAGCCAAGGCCAAGGCCGAUGCCGAGGCUGCCGCCAACAAGAAGUCCAAGGCCCAACGUGUGGCCGAGCUCAAGGCCCAGCGCGCUGCUGCCUUGGCUGCUGCCGACGAGUUUGAUGACGAAAGCGAGACCGAUCGUCGUGCCCGCCUUCGACGCACCGAGCAGGAGGCUGAUUUGAAGCACGCCGAGGACCUCUUUGGCGAUAUCGGCGUCCCCGCUGGUCGCACCGCUACCAAGGCCGGUGCUGCUGUCGCCGUGGAUUCCAAGGACCCUAACAACACGGUCAACAUUGCUAACCUGCCCCUUUUCAACCCCACGACCAAGACCCAGUUCGAGGCUCUCCGCAACACACUCGUGCCCCUGAUCGGCGCGCACUCCAAGAAGCCUCACUACACCCUCUUCCUCCAGGAGUUCGCCAAGCAACUCGCCAAGGAUCUUCCUAGCGACCAAGUGAAGAAGAUUUCCAGCACUCUCACCGCCCUCAGCAACGAGAAGCUCAGGGAAGAGAAGGCGGCCGACAAGGGAGGCAAGAAGAGCAAGGCCCAGAAGACCAAGGUCUCCGUCGUGGCCAACCGACCGAAGGAGGAUAUUGCCACCUACGAAGACGACUUUGGAGAUGACGACUUCAUGUGA